UAAAAGACAAUCUUGACUGAACAAAUGCCAGCAAAGGCAUGACGUCACCAGGCAAAAAUGAAAAGAAGUAAUCAAAACAACGUUAGAAACACCACCGUGAACAUGCACAUGAUGUAUAUAAAGAUGUUUCAUGAGCUGAGAUUUUCAUCAAAUAUUUACUAUUUCUUCAUCUCCCAAAAUUCAUCAAAUAAUGAAGAGACCAGCACAACUUGUGUUCAUCCCAGCCCCAGGCGUUGGUCACAUCGUGUCAACGGUCGAGAUCGCGAAACAACUCGUUGCUCGAGAUGACCAGCUCUUCAUCACCAUCCUCAUCAUGAAGCUCCCCUUCGACAAGCUCUUCACCAAUACAGACCCUUCAAUCUCACACCGCAUCAGCUUCGUCAACCUUCCGGAGUCACACAUCGACACACAGGGCCUUGCCUUCACCUCCUUCAUCAAAACAUUCGUCCAAGGCCACAAAACCCACGUCAAAGACGCCGUCACAAAGUUACUCUCUGAGUCCGCUCAGGCCGAGCUUGCCGGGUUUGUCAUCGACAUGUUCUGCACCCCCAUGAUCAACGUGGCGGACGAAUUCCAGAUUCCUUCCUACGUCUUCUUCACCUCCGGCGCAGCCACUCUAGGGUUCUGGUUCCACCUCCAGUCACUUCAUGAUGAGCAGGGGAAGGACGUUGCUGAGAUAAUUGGGUGGGAAUCUGAGUCGAUCGUCCCGAGUUUCAUCAACCCCGUGCCCGCUGGAGUCUGGCCGAGAGUGACGCGAACGAAGGAAGGCGCUACAGACUUCAUCGAUUUUGCAGCGAGGUUUAGACAAACCAAGGGUAUUUUGAUAAACACUUUCAGGGAGCUGGAACCACAUGCUCUUCGUUCUCUUUCUGAUGGUAAAUUCCCACCGGUGUACCCUGUGGGGCCCCUGUUGAAUAUGAAGAGUGAUGAUGGCCACGUUGGCUCGGACCAGUCCAUUCAGAAGUCUGAUAUCUUGGAGUGGCUUGAUGAUCAGCCUCCUUCCUCGGUGGUGUUCCUGUGCUUUGGGAGCAUGGGAAGCUUUAGUGAGGCGCAGGUGAAGGAGAUAGCGUGUGCGCUGGAGCAAAGCGGGCAGCGGUUCUUGUGGUCCCUACGGAAACCCGAGCCAAAAGGCAAGAUGGGGAUGCCGACCGAUUAUGCGGAUGUCAAGGGAGUCUUGCCUGAAGGGUUUCUUGAUCGGACGGCUGGGAUAGGGAAGGUCAUAGGAUGGGCUCCACAAGUGGCCAUUUUGGCCCACCCGGGGGUCGGAGGGUUUGUGUCCCAUUGUGGGUGGAAUUCUACGCUGGAGAGCAUAUGGUGUGGUGUGCCGGUUGCCACGUGGCCAUUGUACGCAGAACAACAACUAAAUGCGUUUGAGCUGGUUAAGGAGUUGGGAUUGGGUGUGGAAAUUAAGGUAGAUUAUAAUCAGGACAGUGAAGUGGUGGUGAGUGCAGAGGAGAUAGAGAGAGGGAUAAGGCAAGUGAUGGAGAAGGACAGUGAUUUAAGAGCGAGGGUGAAGGAAAUUAGUGAAAAGAGCAAGAAGGCUUUGUCGGAUGGUGGUUCUUCAUAUUCUUCCUUGGGACGUUUUCUUGACCAGAUUUAAGUUUAGAUUCGUUAAAGCUCAAGAUGAUGCAUAGAAACCACAGUUGUUAAUUUUCAUAGGAGAUUUGAUGAGCAAAUAUUUUCUCCGUUUGUUUUACGUAUCGUAGUUCCUAAUAAUGAAGUGUUUUCUGUUAUGUGAUUGGCCCCUUUU